AUGGGAAGGUCUUCAUUAUGUCUUAGUAUGUCUGUUGUACUAUUAUGUAUGCAUUUUGAGUUUAUAGGAAUAGUACAAGGAAGAUCACUUAAGGAAGAGGUUGCUUUAAAAACUCAAUACACUAUUAGAGAUAAAGGCCAUGUAGGAGUUUGUGUUGGGAGUGAGGGCCAAAAUAAUGGAUGUGGUUAUUAUCAAGGAAGACAUGGUGGUCGAGGAAGAGGUAGUUGGGGCUCCGGUAGUGGUGGAGGAGGUGUUGGAAGAGGAGGUAGUGGUGGAGGUGGUGUUGGAGGAGGAGGUAGUGGUGGAGGGGGUGUUGGAGGGGGAGGUAGUGGAGGAGUAGGUGGUGGUUUUGGAGGUGGAGCAGGGGGAGGUAUUGGAGUUGGAGGUGGUGGCGGAGGACAAGGUGGUGGUAGUGCUAGAGGUGGAGGUGGUAUUGGUGCUGGAGGUGGAGUUGGUGGCGGAAUUGGAGGAGGUGGUGGAGCGGGAGGUGGUGGAGUAGGUGGUGGUGUUGGAGGUGGAGCCGGGGGAGGUGUUGGAGUUGGAGGUGGUGGUGUUAGAAGAGGAGGAGGUGGGGGAGGGGGAGGAGGUGUUGGCGCUGGAGGAGGUGUAGGUGCUGGAGGUGGUGGUGGAAUCGGAGCAGGUGGUGGAGUAGGGGGCGGUGUUGGAGGUGGUCUAGGCGGUGGAGUUGGAGGAAGUGGUGGUGGCGGUGUUGGUGCUGGAGGUGGGGCUGGUGGAGGUGUUGGUGCCGGAGGUGGCGUUGGGGGUGGUGUUGGGGCUGGAGGAGGUGUGGGUGCCGGAGGUGGUGCAAGGGGUAGAGGAGGUGGCAGUGGUGGUGGAGGAAUUGGAGGUGGUGGUGGAGUUGGUGGUGGAAUAGGAGCAGGUGGUGGGGUAGGGGGCGGUGUUGGAGGUGGUGUAGGGGGUGGAGUUGGAGGAAGUGGUGGUGGCGGUGUUGGAGGUGGUGUAGGCGGUGGAGUUGGAGGAAGUGGUGGUGGCGGUGUUGGUGCUGGAGGUGGAGCAGGUGGAGGUAUUGGUGCAGGAGGUGGAGUAGGGGGUGGUGUAGGCGUUGGAGGAGGUGUGGGUGCCGGAGGUGGUGGGACGGCACGCGGUGGUGGAAGGGGUGGAGGAGGUGGCAGUGGUGGUGGAGGAAUUGGAGGUGGAGGUGGAGUUGGUGGUGGAAUAGGAGCAGGUGGUGGGGUAGGGGGCGGUGUUGGAGGUGGUGCUGGUGGAGGAGUUGGAGGAAGUGGUGGUGGCGGUGUUGGUGCUGGAGGUGGAGCAGGGGGAGGUAUUGGUGCGGGAGGUGGACUUGGGGGUGGUGUUGGCGUUGGAGGAGGUGUGGGUGCCGGAGGUGGUGGGACGACACGCGGUGGUGGAAGGGGUAGAGGAGGUGGCGGUGGUGGUGGAGGUGGAGUUGGUGGUGGAACUGGAGCAGGUGGCGGACUAGGAGGCGGUGUUGGAGGUGGUAUAGGUGGUGGAGUUGGAGGUAGUGGUGGCGGCGGUAUUGGUGCUGGAGGUGGAGCUGGAGGAGCUGUUGGUGCAGGAGGUGGAGCUGGAGGAGCUGUUGGUGCAGGAGGUGGAGUAGGGGGUGGUGUUGGAGGUGGCGCCGGAGGUGGUGGCGGUGGAAGAGGUAGAGGACGUGGUGGUGGUGGAGUUGGUAGUGGAAUUGGAGCAGGUGGUGGGGUAGGAGGCGGUGGUGGAGGUGGUGGAGGCGGUGGAGUUGGAGGUAGUGGUGGUGGCGGAGGAGGUGUUGGUGGUGGAGUUGGAGGGGGAGUUGGUGGCGGAAUUGGAGGAGGUGGUGGAAUUGGUGGAGGUGGUGGAAUUGGAGGUGGUGGAAGCAUUGGAGUUGGUGGUGGUGGUGUUGGAACUGGUGGAGGUAUUGGUGCUGGAGGUGGAGUCAGUGGUGGUGGUGGUGGUGGUGGUAGUGUUGGAGGUGGCACUACUACUAGAGGAUGA